GCCGUCGUUAGUCUUUAAGCUGAGACAAUCAUCAGCCUACCACAUUGGGCAAAUUUGUUGCUCCUCUGUCUACCGCCAUAGCCAGCAGCAGUACGUAAAUUGGCGCGGGUAAAAUGGUCCGUCCGUCCGACUUUCCCACCGAGGCCAACCUGCCACAAGGGGGACACAAGGUUAAGAUUGGCACACGAUCACCAAGGACGAAGCCAUGCAGGGCGAGCAGACGGCAGACGGACGAGGUAGAAGGCCACUCGACUCGUCAUUGGUCCUCGUUGCGGCGAGCGUGUCCGACGGGACAGGUCAUCGCCGGUUGUUCCAACGCGCGGAAAUUCUCCGGGGCGCGACCAGUCAUAAAUUCUUAUAUCGCCGAUAUGCCUUCCCACAUCUCACCACGUGGAGGGAGGCCGUCCAGCAACUUGUUCCUAGCUCGACCCUCGGUGCGACUGGUAGGGCGAGAUGUUGGCCUGAGAGAACGGCUAAUUUUUCUUAUCGGGAGGAGUCGCACUUCUGUCGGCUCAACUGGCGAAAGCUGCACUUUCCAUCUGAGCCAGAAUGCACCCCAUCGGAUCAUAUUCCGCCCUCGGUGUGCUCGAGAGUGGAGAUAGGUAACAAGAAGAGGCCGCCUGAGGGACAUGUGAAUGACGCUUCGACGACGCCUGAUUCUUGUCGUGGGUGCGAGACUACACAAUCGAUAUGACAUCUGAGCUCAGCGGUGCUCAGCGGUGCUCAGCGGUGCACCAUCGGGGUGCCUUCUUCUUCUACUUUCGCAUUGCUGCAGUUG